UUCUGUGGGAGCCUUGCAAAUUAUCGGGAGCGAUUAUUGCAGCGGAUGGCUUCCCCCUCAGCGGCUCAUCUUCCGGGGAAGAAGAUUUGUUGUCUCAGGCGAUGCGAUGGUCUGAAUCAUUUGGGUUCACUGUUGUGGAAGUGGAUUGCAUUUAUAUGGGGGCUGCUGGAUCGAGUUGGGGCGGGGCUCGACUGGGCUUACAUUUUAUUCCAGCCCAGGUUAAUCAGGCUGCUAAGGAAGUGGCUAAGUUGGGCUCCAAUGGGCCUUUUUCUUGGAGAAUUGGAGAUUUCCUACCCAAAACACUAGCUGGUUCUAUUCACCUGGAUUCUAUUGACACUCCCUAUAUUAUUUGUUGAGUUUACUCUUAGCUUCUUUUUUAUUUGCGGAGUUUGGUUCGGUCCCCUUCUCCUUUUGUAUCUUAUCGCAUUUAUUAAUAAAAU